CGCACCUUAAAACGAUCGAACGCACCCCGUCUAUUAUUUUUUUAUUCAGUACCAGUGACCGAGAGGGAAACCUCUCCUUAAUCGACAAAAUAGCUUCCCAAGUGGAAAUGCCGACGAGCCUCUUCGGCGAAUUAGGCGGCGGAGGCGGGCUGGUGGAAGACCAGCGCGCGUUCAAGCUGGCUCUGGAGCUGAGCAUGCUGAGCCUGGGCGACAACUUGCCGGCGAGCAACCCGCUGGGGAGCCCGCUCGGGUUCGCGCCUCCUCCGGACGACCGGACCAAGAAGUCGCAGAACAUGACGGAGUGCGUGCCGGUGCCAUCCUCCGAGCACGUCGCCGAGAUCGUCGGACGACAAGGGUGCAAGAUUAAAGCUUUGCGAGCGAAGACUAACACUUACAUCAAGACACCGGUGAGGGGCGAGGAGCCCGUGUUUGUGGUCACCGGCCGCAAGGAGGACGUCGCGCGCGCCAAGCGUGAGAUCCUCUCGGCGGCUGAGCACUUCUCUCAGAUUCGCGCGUCGCGCAAGUGCGGGUCCGCGCCCCCGCCGCCCGCCGGCGCGCCCGGACACGUCACCGCGCAGGUGCGCGUGCCCUACCGCGUGGUCGGGCUGGUCGUCGGACCCAAGGGUGCCACCAUCAAACGCAUCCAACACACCACUCACACAUACAUCGUCACCCCGUCCCGCGAGCGCGAGCCCGUGUUCGAGGUGACCGGCUUGCCCGAGAGUGUGGAAGCGGCGCGCAAGGAGAUCGAGGCGCACAUCGCCCUGCGCACCGGCGCCGGGAACGCGGGGCCCGCGACGCCGGUCGACGAGAGCGAGCCGCUCGCACAGCUGUACCGGGCCGGGAUCGUCUCGCUGCUGCGGCCAGAACAAGAAGCGGCUUUCUCGUCAGCCGGCUCGUGCUCGUCGGGAGGCUCCUCCGGCCGGCUCGGUGACUUGCUCGGGAUCUGGUCCUCGACCGAGCGUGACGAGGGUCUGGGCGAGUCGCCGUCGUUCGAGUCUCCGGGCGGCGCGGCGGGCGUGUGGGCGUGGGGCCCGACCCGGCCCUCGCCGUCCACGUCUCCGGCCCGCGCGUGCGGGGUGUGCGGGGAGCGCGGCGUGGCGGCGGCGCUGGUGCCGUGCGGACACAACCUGUUCUGCAUGGAGUGCGCGCAGCGGCUGGCGACGGGCGGCGCGCCGUGCCCCGCGUGCUCGUCGCCGGCGCACCAGGCGAUCCGCAUCAUCUCGUAAGGCGCGUGCGAGUCGCGAGGGCGAGGGCCCGGGCCGCGCUCGCCGCCCGCCGCCGCGGGGUCUCGCCCCCUCGCACCUUCUCGACGUGGAGAUCUUUUUUACUCGAAUCGUUAUUAUAAAAUAUUAAAAGAUGUAAAAAAAUGCGUAAUCGAAAUCCUGGUGCCAAAGUCGGCGCCUCGCCGGCACGGCCCGUCCGCCGCGCCGUACCUAUCGUAAGUCGGCAGAGUUGUUCACGAUAUAUUUUCUUAUUAUGAACGUUUUUUAUUAGAUCGAGGGGCGCACACAGCGCUCCUCGGCUCAGAGAGAGUCGAUGUAACGUUACGAUAGAAUUUCGAAAAAAAAUCAUAAAAUUUAAAAAAAGUUGUAUAAUGAUUAUUGAUAGCGUAAAUGAGAAAUCGAAAAUUUAUAAAGCUUACCUAACGUAAUAGCGUAAAGUAUUAAGAUAUUAUAAUAAUAAUAUGAUAGGCGAGGACGGGCGGCGCGGGGAGCGGUCGCGCGGGUGGUUAGUUGAAUGUUUAGUGCGAGUAGUUAGUGGAGUGAGUCUCUGUGAGUGGCGAGUAGGUAAUGUUAGUUAAUGCGGUUGUGUCGAGUGGCGCGUCGGUUGGGUGCUCACGAAUGCUCACCGCGCCUCACCGCGUCUCACCGCUCCCCCGCGCGCGAUGCUCACUUUAUUUUUGACUAUACGAUUAUUCGCUUAAAUGAUAUUAUACAAUACGUACACACUAUGAUUACUAUAAUAUUAAUAUAAUGUUUGUUUUAAGUGUGUUUUAAUGUUUAGAUUUUUAUUGUAAUGUUUUUAUGGAUGAUUUUUAUCUGUACGAUUAUUAUUAUUGAUUAUUAUUUUAUGUGUUGACGAUGUUUUGUUUGUGAAUAGUGCGGCUGCGCAGGGAGCGCGGCCAGAGGCUGCUCUAUGCGACUUUCUUAGUCUUAUAUCAUAUAUCUCGACUAGAAAUUUAAAUAAUAAUUAAAUGAUAAAGAAUUAAUACGAUUCAUUCAUUAUUGUAUAACUAUAGUAGUCUGUAGCACGACAUUGAUUAUAACCAUUACCUAUUGAUACUUAUUAAGUAUUAUUAUUAUUAUUAUUAUGAUUAUAUUAUUGAAUAAAUUUAAAGAAUGCAUAAUUAUAUUGAAUAGGAAGCAUUAUUCUGUAUAACUCUAGUUAAAUAUAACGAUAUAAUAAAUAAUAAUGUUUGUGUAUGAUGAGACGUUUGACUCACGGGAGGCUGUUUUUAUGGAUUGAUAUUUUUUUAUUUUUUUACCGUAAUUAGUUUUUGACUUACUCAUGUUAAGGGUCGCGAGUAACUAACUGCCUAUUAGAUUAUAUUUUAAAAAUAAUGGUUACGUAAAAUCAGCCUCCGUCGUACUUAUUUAGAUCCAGUGAUUUCGAUAAUUUUAUUUUCGUAAUAAAUAAAUAAAUAAAAAUUAUGGAUAGACGCUUUAGGUUCAAAUAACGUUGUGAAAAUUUGUGAAUUUUUGUA